UUGGAACAUUAUAUUCAAGAUUGAUUCUCAUUAAUUUUACAAAAAAAACUUGAACUUAAGAAAAAACAUGAGAGAUAUAACAUUUAAUGAUUCAUACGAAAAAAUAAACAAAACAUAAUGUAUCUUUUCACAAUGAUUGUGGAGUUUCGUUGUUCAUGAGAUAAGAAGAUCUAGAGUUUUCUUAAUUAGCUGUAAGAUAAAAAUAGAAUGACUAUAAAAAGCAUCUACUCAUAAAACUCUUUUUAUCCACAAAACGAUAUUGAACACUAAAAAUAAGCAAAACACGACCCAAAAAGGUCACAUUUGUUUUUUUCUUGUCAAUCAAACAACCACAACCCUAGACAAAAGUUACCAUUUGGGAAUUGAGUUUUCUUCGUAACACCUCAAAGCCUUUACGAUACAAGCAAAUCAAAACCCACUAGAUAACAACACCCUACGAAUUUCUCUCAUUCUUAGGUUCAAUUCCUGUAGGAAGAUGAGCCUGAACUGCCUCACUUGCCACACCCUGCAAAGAUCAGACUCGGACAUAGACAUAGUAAGCCUUAAAGAUUCAAACAUUAAGGGAAAAAACGUAACGUCAGGAUAUGAAAAGAUGGUAAGGAACCGAACAAUGUUGCCAGCGGUGAGACGGGUCAAAAUGGGACAUCGUAGGCUCUACAGCGCAGACGCCGUGGUCUAUAGGGAUCUUGACGAGCCAAAGCUGGCAAGAAGCAGUGGGCUUAGAAGGGAUUGGAGCUUUGAGGAUCUAAAAAAACAAAGAGAUGAGAUAAAAAUUGGAGAGACAAUAAAGGAAUAAGUCAGUUUAUCUCCUUUGUUUCUUCUCAUGUUCUUGUUGUUGUUAACUUAAUUGUACGUUCCUUUCGAACUGUAAGGAUAACCCACCGCCCAAUGUCAAGGUUCAUAUAUGUACAUUCAUUUUCC